AUGACAUUCAUCUACUUCAACUACGUGACAUACAUCUACUUCAACUACGUGACAUACAUCUACUUCAACUACGUGACAUACAUCUACUUCAACUACGUGACAUACAUCUACUUCAACUACGUGACAUACAUCUACUUCAACUACGUGACAUACAUCUGCUUCAACUACGUGACAUACAUCUACUUCAACUACGUGACAUACAUCUACUUCAACUACGUGACAUACAUCUACUUCAACUACGUGACAUACAUCUACUUCAACUACGUGACAUACAUCUACUUCAACUACGUGACAUACAUCUACUUCAACUACGUGUCAUACAUCUACUUCAACUACGUGACAUACAUCUACUUCAACUACGUGUCAUACAUCUACUUCAACUACGUGACAUACAUCUACUUCAACUACGUGACAUACAUCUACUUCAACUACGUGACAUACAUCUACUUCAACUACGUGACAUACAUCUACUUCAACUACGUGACAUACAUCUACUUCAACUACGUGACAUACAUCUACUUCAACUACGUGACAUACAUCUACUUCAACUACUGA